AAGGCGCUGAAUUCGUUCUUUGACCCGUCUCCCGAGCAAGAUGUCAACAGGAUGCCUCACCCAGUUCCCGCCACAGGGGCUGCUGUUGAGCUAACUGAUCAUUCAACUACCAAUACUGUAGCUGCUGCAGUGAAAGCUGCAGGCAACUACCCACAAGAUGACAGCACUUUUUCUUUAAUUACUUGGAAUAUUGAUGGCCUGGAUUCAAAUAAUCUGCAAGAAAGGGCACGGGGAGUCUGUUCCUAUCUAGCUUUAUACAGCCCAGAUGUGGUGUUUUUACAAGAGGUUAUUCCUGUAUAUUUAAGUUACCUCCAGAAGAGAGCAGUCAGUUACACAAUUAUUCCAGGCAAUACGGAUGGUUAUUUUACCGCCAUCAUGCUAAAAAAAUCAAGAGUAAAAGUUUUAAAACAUGAAAUAACAGCUUUUCCUACAACCUCUAUGAUGAGAAAUUUAUUAGCAGUAUAUGUAAACAUUUCUGGCAAUGACCUGUGCCUUAUGACUUCCCACUUGGAGAGUACUAAGGAUCACAGUGAGGAACGUUUAAAACAGUUGAAACUGGUGCUUGCCAAAAUGGCGGAGGUACCCAAGUCAAGUUCUGUGAUUUUUGGAGGUGAUACAAACUUAAGAGACAAAGAGGUUGCUAAAAUGGGUGGCUUACCUAACAAUAUUUUGGAUAUUUGGGAGUUCUUGGGCAAGCCUGAACAUUGCCACUACACAUGGGAUACAAGCCAAAACAAUAAUUUGAAUGCAAGGUACAAGUGCAAAAGUCGGUUUGAUCGUCUGUUUUUCCGAGGUGCAACAGCUGGUGGACAGAUUAUUCCUCAGAGUUUGGAUUUGAUUGGUCUGGAAAAACUAGAUUGUGGCAGAUUUCCUAGUGAUCACUGGGGAUUGUUUUGCAAUUUAGAUGUGAUACUGUAAGAAAAAAACAUUUCACUUCUCCGAUUUUUAUGUUCUUCAAAAUUUUAAACCAGUUUUAAUGUUAAUUUUGAUUCACAAUCGUGUAAACUAAGCAGUUCAUUUUACUUGUUUGGGGAAUCCUUGCUUAGCAAAGAUAGAACAUUCCAUUUAAACUAUUAAGAUCCCAUGCAAUGCAGAAGACAUUUUAGUUAAUUUGUGCAUGUGUGGGAAGAAAUUAUUUUAUGUUGUGUAUAUUAUUCAAAAGAAUAGAAUAGUUUACUAAACACAUCGUAAUUUGUUUUUAAUAAAGCAUUCUUGUGAGUCCACUUUAAUGACGCUCUGUUCUGGUAGCUGAAAUGGGGAGAUUAUAAAUUCAGGAAGAAAAAGAUAAGACUAUAAUUUCAGGACCAUUAAUCCAUUGCUGGAAUAUCCUCUAAUUCCUAGUUCUUCCCAAGAAUCAAGGGUUGCUGUUAGUGAACACCACCCAAACCUGUUCUUCAGUGGCCUUUUCUUUGAGUGCUCAGCCCCUAACUUUUCAUGGUUCUACUGCUCCUUAUUUGUUCCCCGAGCUUUCUAACUGGAGGAAAAUCAAAAGCCAAAGAAGCACCUUCUGCAUGACAUACUUCUUCCAGGAGGUGGUAGGAACUGGGGCCAAAAGAAGAGACAACAGUAUUUUUUUCAUGGCAGAAAGGUGGUAGGGACACUGAAGGAGAGAGAGCUAAUCUGAGCAAGGGCUGUGUUGCAAAAGAACAGGCCUCUUCUACUUGUAUUUCUGUUUUCAAGCCAAGGUUUUGAUUAAUAGAAUUUAUGGCUCCAGUGUUAACUGUGUUUUUAACAUUUCCAGCUCUCUAAUUAGCCAACUGCUGCUGCUAAUAUACGAUGUCCUGCUAUACAGAAGCUUAGUACUUUAUUUCUUAGCCUAACCACUAGAUGGAUAUGAAAGGAAUGCAUAUUACAAUUGAAUUGAGUACUUUAUUUGGCCAAAUAUGAUUAGACACACAAGGAAGUACAGAAGCAUUUAGUAUACUUGCAAAGCAAUAGAGAGAAUAACAACAAUAGUAAUAACAAGUAAAAGGGAGAUCUAAACAUAAUAAAAAGGAUAAAUAAUAGUACAGUCAUACCAUAUGAGUUAAUAUACAUACAC